GGAUUUAAACUGUUUUUUUAUCUCGUAGGGAGAUAAACUUGACCUAGCAAUCUCUUUAGCUAGGCGAUUCUCAGCUCAUCAACUCGGAUCUCUCUUCAGGUUUUCCUCAUCCAAUCAGAGUUUUAUGUUCCUGUCUCAACGAUAACCUGAGGUAGCGAUAAAUAUCUGGCUUGAACCAUAGUUAAUGAUAUGAAUUGUGGUUGUAUUUGUUUAUGAUGCUAUCCUAGCAUGUCCAACAAUCUAAUGUGGCAGCAGUUACCAAACAAAAUCGAUCAGAUGGAACCUGUUUCCAACAAUCCGGCCUCAUCAAUAUCAGAGACGCGAAUGGGAAUGACUGGGCCCAUGUCCAGUUUUGCUGCAUCACAGCAGCUUGUAACAUCAGGCCAUCAAAUGGGGCAAAUGGUGCCAAUGCCAAAUGAUCCUGGGUCACAGAGGUUACUAGUAUUAAACAAGAAAAUUCUGCAGAUGGAUCCUGGGUGGAGGGAUCUGGUGUCACAGCAGUUGUUGAUGCCAGACCAACAAGUCGGAGGGAUGGAAGCCAUGUCCAAUACUUUAGGUCCACAGAAGUUAUUAUUACCAAGUAAGCGAAGGGAUCCAAUGUCCAAUAAUUCUGUGUCCCAACAGAUAUCAAUACCAAACAAGCAAAUGACACAAAUGGAACCUCUCUCCUCUGCAGCCGAGUUUCAGCAAUCAUCUGCACCACAUAAAAAAACUGUGCAGAUGCAUUCCAUGUCUAGAACUCCACGAAUGCCAAAUUCAACUACACAAAAUAAGAGAAUGGUAAGGAAUGAGUCCCUUCACCGUAAAUCUGGGUCUCAGCAAUCACAAACUCCCAAAAACCGAACUGCGCAAAUGGAACCAUCUCCCAAGGUUCAGACCGAGUCAUUUGAAUCUGUUAGGUCCAAGAUGAGGGAAUCAAUAGCGGCUGCAUUGGCCUUGGUUUCUGAGCCCCAUGAUAAAGCUCCAAAUGUGGAAAAGAGUGAAGUUGCAAUUACUCCAGAGCUGACACAGGAGGUUUCACAGCCCGCUGAAUCCACUUCCACUUCUGCUGAUGUUGCCGACCAUUUAUUUACAAAUCCCACCUGUACUUUUUCUUUUAAAGAAUCUUGUUCUGCAGAUAAAUUCAAUGAUGAACAAAGCACAUCUCAGGAGACACUAACCAAGGAAAGCAUGGGUGAUUCUGCAAAUACCUGGAAAUGUGAUGGACAAGAACUCCAAUGUGAUAAUAUCUUAUCUGAUAAAGAUGUUUCAUUCAGUAACAAUUUCUUUGUCAAAGAUGAGUUUUUGCAGGGAAAUGGGCUUUCUUGGGUAGUGGAUCUUGAUAUGGACGUGGCAGAAACAAACGAAGUUCAUAUUGCCAAAAAACCUAAAUUGAUACAUGGGGAUGGCGGUGGAAAUCGGGAAGAGCAAGCAAUUCGAACUCCUCAAAAAUUGGCUUUGCUAGUUGAAGCAGAACUCUUCAAAUUAUUCGGAGGUGUGAAUAAGAAGUAUAAAGAGAAGGGUAGAUCUCUGUUGUUCAACUUAAAAGAUCGUAAUAAUCCAGAACUGAGAGAAAGAGUUUUGUCUUGUGAAAUUUCUCCUGAAAAAUUGUGUUCAAUGACAGCAGAGGAACUUGCUUCUAAGGAGCUUUCUCAGUGGCGAAUGGCAAAAGCAGAAGAGCUUGCUCAAAUGGUAGUCUUGCCUGAAUCUGAUGUUGAUAUAAGACGUUUAGUGAGGAAAACACACAAGGGUGAGUUUCAAGUAGAAAUCGAACAAGAUGAUGGUGUUUCUGUAGAGGUUUCUGUUGGAACAAGUUCCCUUACUCCCAUCCGAUCAAAAAACAAGCAAACCAAAGCCCAAACCCCUUCAAAAUCUGACGGAACUGAAGACACAGAGAAUGUUGUAGGUUACAGGAGCAGUUCAGAAAAUCAGGAUCUUUCAGGUAGUCUAUCUAUUCCAAGUGAUGGGACCGAUUUGAUGGAUGAAUUGAAGGAUGCAGAAUCUCUUCCUCCUAUUGUCUCCCUAGAUGAAUUUAUGGAAUCACUUGAUUCAGAACCUCCAUUUGAGAAUUUACCAGCGGGUGGUGGAAAGAAACCUGAGUCAAACAUGGAAAGCAUGGAUGCUGACUAUAAACUAGUAGCUGCUUCCAAAGAUCCUGUCAAUAGUACCCCUGAUAAGACUGAUGAAAAAGCUGAAACUGAUAAAAUGGACGGGAAGUAUACAGAAUUGGAUAUGAGAUUGAAUUCCAGUGAGAGUCCUAUAGAACCAAAAACCCAUCCUCCUGGUGGUGAAUCUAAAGUUGAACAUAUAUGGGAAGGUGUACUCAAGCUGAAUAUCUCUGCUAUGGUCACUGUCUUUGGCUGCUUUAAAAGCGGUGAAAAAACAUCAACAAAAGACUGGCCUAACACUCUUGAGAUCAAGGGUAGAGUGAGACUUGAUGCGUUCAAAAAAUUCCUUCAAGAGCUUCCUAUGUCUCGAAGCCGUGCAGUCAUGGUUGUUCAGUUUGUUCUGAAGGAGAGAUCAUCCGAGAAUGAGCGUGCAAGCCUUUCCGAGGUGGUGGAUUCUUACAUUUUGGAGGAGAGGUUGGGUUUUGCUGAAGCAGCUCCAGGAGUUGAAAUCUAUAUCUGUCCACCCCACACCAAAAUACUUGAAAUUCUCAGCAGCCACCUGCACGAGGAAGAUCAUACUCAACCUCUUAAAUCUACUGAUAAUGGCGGCUUAAUUGGUGUUGUUGUAUGGAGAAGAGCUCAUCCAACUUCUACGAUAUCACCACCCAACUCAUCUUCACGCCACAAGCAUACCACCAAAAAUCCCCACUCCAGAUCUAGGACACAUCCCGGUGGCGAUACAAAUUUUAAUUUUGCAUCCAAACCUGCCCGGCCUCAGCCUCAGCCUCAGCCUCAGCCUCCACCUGAUGAGGACGACGAUAUCCCUCCCGGGUUUGGCCUGGCAGCAGCUUCCAGGGAUGAGGAUGACUUGCCGGAGUUUAACUUCUCCGGCAGAUUAACCCCAUCUGUGCCAAAACUUCCCAUCCAAAACCCUUUGCAGGUGUCAGGAAUGACCUCACAAGCCCCAUCUCAUCCGGUGGAUCAUGUGAGAGAGCUUAUACACAAAUACGGACAACCUGGAAGCAUAACUCAAAACAAAGGAGGUACUGGGGUUGGAGGAAUUCAAUGGAAUGACGAUGGCGAUGAUGAUGACAUCCCGGAGUGGAGGCCAGAAGCUCCCGAACAGCAGCCUCCGCCCCAACCACCCAGGCAUGGCUUUGGGCAGCAGCCUAUGUUGGCUAGUGUGGUGAAUCAACAAUUAGGACCAACAAUGCCACAGCAGCCGCGGGUGCAAGUACCAGCACCGACAGCCAUUCAUCGGCGGCCUCUGCAACCUUCAGUUAGUGCAAUGCAGCUGCAGGGCGCGUGGUUGGCGCGGCCACCAGCCCCCCAUGGCUUGCAGCGUGGUAGUUUAGGAAGUAGACCUAGUUUAGGGCAGUAUUAUGGGGUGCCUGUGCUUCAAGCCGGGCAAUCCGGCAUGGUAUGGAGACAGGGUGCCCCAAGUAGCAGAGGUUUUUGAUCUUUCUGUCAUGUAACUCAUGUUUUAUCACUUUCUAUCUAGCAUCUGAGAUAUGUGCAGUUUUUUAAAUCAUGAAUAA